GGUCGCCGGUGGCAGCGGGAAGAUGGAGGCUGUCCCGGCCAGGCACGGCGCUGGCGGCGGGGAGGCCGUGCGCUCUGAGGCGGCGGCUCCCUGAGCGGGACGGGGACCUGAGCCUCCUCCCAUCGUGGCGCUGCUCCCGUUCAGAGAUGGCUGUCGCGCUGUAGGAGGGCAGGGAGCCGCGGCGAUGCCAGAGGAGGAGCCUCUGGAGGAGAGCGCUUGAGCUUGUCUGGGGAGGCGUUCUGUGUGUGAGAAACCUGGAGAAGGAUUCCUCAGUGUCUGUCCCUCCGCCAGUGUGGGGUCCCACCCUGGGAGAGUCCUUCAUGAGCCCUUCCAAUACGAGUCCCUCAGGAACAAGCUGCUCCAGCUUGAGCUGCCCGGAGUCACAGCCUGCACUGGCAGCAGUCACCCCCCUGCUGCAGGUUCCUGCGCGGCUGCAGAUCCCUGUCGGCUCCACCGGGAUCCUUCACGGGCUGCUCCACUGUGUUCCUCCAAGGGCUGCAAGGGGGACACCCGACCGUACGAUAGCCAUGGUGUCAUGGAAAGGGAUAUACUUUGUACUUGCACUAUUCUUGGGAAGUUUUUUUGGAAGUAUAUUCAUGCUUGGUCCUUUUCUGCCUUUGAUGUUUAUCUCUCCGGCCUGGUAUCGUUGGAUCACCGAUCAUGUGGUGGCCACUUGGCUCACACUCCCAGUGGCCUUGCUGGAGAUGGUGUUUGGUGCCAAGGUGGUUGUCACUGGAGACGGAUUUGUUCCUGGAGAAAGGAGUGUCAUUAUCAUGAACCAUCGCACACGAAUGGACUGGAUGUUCCUGUGGAACUGCCUGAUGCGAUACAGCUACCUCAGACUUGAAAAAAUCUGUCUCAAGUCCAGUCUCAAAAGCAUUCCAGGAUUUGGCUGGGCGAUGCAGGUUGCUGCCUUUGUUUUCAUUCGAAGAAAGUGGGAAGAGGACAAGAGUCAUUUUGAAAAAAUGCUGGAUUAUUUCUGUGACAUUCAUGAACCACUGCAACUCCUCAUCUUUCCGGAAGGAACUGAUCUCACAGCCAAUACCAAAGCCCGCAGCAACGAAUUUGCUGAAAAGAAUGGACUCCAAAAAUACGAGUAUGUCCUGCACCCACGAACUACUGGAUUCACUUUCGUGGUUGAGCGUCUAAGGGAAGGUGACAAUCUUGAUGCUAUUCAUGACAUAACUGUGGCAUAUCCCCAAAACAUUCCUCAGACAGAGAAGCACCUUCUGAAUGGAAACUUCCCAAAGGAGAUUCACUUCCAUGUCCAGAGAUAUUCCAUAGAGACAGUUCCCACCUCUAAGGAGGAGCUGCAGCUUUGGUGCCAGAAACGUUGGGAGGAGAAAGAGGAGAGACUCCGACACUUCUAUGAAGGUGAAAAACGCUUCAGUGUGACAGAGCAAGGCACUAUCCCACCGUGUAAAUCUGAGCUCAGGGUUCUCGUGGUUAAGUGCAUCUCACUCCUGUAUUGGACAGUGUUCCCACUGGGUAUGCUUGCACUGCUGUACCUGUACAGCUUCGUACGAUGGUAUUUUGCAGCCAUGAUCAUCAUCUUUGUUGUACAGCAAAAGAUCUUUGGUGGGCUGGAACUGAUUGAACUCGCUUGUCAUCGAUAUUUUAAAAAGCAACAGAAAGUUCCCAUCACUAAAAUAAAAAACAAAUAGUUCUGGAGUAGAAAAAGAUGUAAAAAUGGGGGGGGUUGAGAUGUCCUGCAAACCUCAUGCACAGGGGAAAAUUUUCACGUGAGAAUUGUCUUUUACUAUCACUAUUGUUAGACAUUUGCACUUGAUUCUGUGAAGAGAAAGAAAAAUGUUAGUUAUUACUACAUGUGAAAAUGGUAGUUUUUAUCUCUGAAUGUAAUUUCAACAUUGCUCAUGCAAAAAGCUAGCAACUGCUUUGUUCUGUAAUUAAGGAACAAAUUGCUGGAUUACUGAACAAACAUAAGGAUGUUAAUAAAUGUGGCAUACUCUGAACUUCCAUGUAGAAACCCAAACUGUCCAGCUAGGAGAGCCAGACGUAUGAUUUAUGUAUAAUCCCAUUAUCAUAGAGUAAGCACCAGAUCUGGAAAGCUGCUAAGUUUAACAAUGUUUUGAUAGUAGGUGGGAGUUGGGGGAGAAGUUGUUCUGUUUCUUUUUUCUAUUUCAAAUAUUCAAACUUAUUUUAAAAUUAUAUUUUCACAUAAACUUUUCCAAACACUACUGCAUCUACUCAACCGUUCUGGGUUAGUCACUCAGAAGGAUUUCUAAGCAUUGAAGUCUUGUAGUACAGAGAACAGUCCUAGCUCUUCCUCCAUUGCUUAAUAGAGUUUUGCAGCUACAUUUAGAUCUCUCACUGUUUUGUACUCUUUUGGUUUCCAUGCUAGCUGUGGGAAACUCAUUCCUACUGUAGUAUGGAUUGCUGCAGGAUAGGGUGUCUGCAUUUUUGUUGUUUCAUUGGUGUUUUAUUCUGGUAGAGACAAAAAUGUCUGUGACUAUUUGGCAAAUGUUUUUCAAAAGAUAUGCUUGUAGGCUUUGUUUAAUUGAUCACAUUUUUUAAAAGCUUUUUUAAAAGCUUUUUUUUUUUAAGCAUUGAUUUUGGCUUUCACAUCGCUACCUGGGGUAUUUCAAGUGUCCAUGGAGCUAAGCAGAAGACUGCUUGUUCUGUCAGUGUCAGCCAGACCUGAUGAGAUCCAUCUGAUGCAGUGGUUGUCUCCUUGUUGGCAAGAAAUGGGGUUCAGACACCAUAGCACAGGGAAAUUGAGUUACAUCUUCCCUUUGCUGUAUUCAUUUGAUUGAUUAAUAACAUCAUUCCUUUUCCAACCACCUCUGUGAUUUUUGGGGGUUCUUUGGGAGCUCCCUCUUUAACACUUUCCUGUAUUUUCAUGACAUACAGGAAAUCUGAAGGAUUAAACUCUGUCAAGGCACAGGUGUAUUCCUUGUAUGAAAUACAAGUAAUGGUCAUGCGCACAAUAGGAAAAGACAUAGACAUUGCUAGCACUUAGAAGACACUUCAGAUUAGAUGUAUUUUUCAACCUCAGAAAUGUUAAAUCACUUGAUCUUUGUGUUGCUGCAAAGCCUUCCUGACUUACUAAGUAUUUGUUGUUUAUUGCAUGAAGGCUUAUUUGAGAUAAGUCAAGAUGGCCUGGCUCUGGAUGUGGGACGGCAUUGCCAUGAAAUGUGAAAGUGCAGAAUGCAAAAUCUGUCUUAUACUGUGCUGCAGAUCACAAACUUUGGAUCAUAAUGGUGAAUUCAUCUGUUUCCUUCCAAACUGCAACACUAGAUGUGUUGUUUAAUGUUUUUAUAUCAAAGGCUGUUUUUUGAAAGACUCACCAGCCUCUGUUCAACUGUCCCUUGCAAGGUGAACAAGUAUUUUUUAAAACUAUCUUUAAAAUAACUGUUUAUUAUGCAGAAAGUACUUGAAGCCAUCUGUUUUAGUCUAAUUUCUUAAAUCCCCUUUUUCUUCUAAAUAAAUGAAACUAGGUUUAUAUUUAAGGUUAUGUUACUUAAUUAUUUUUUUCAUUUUUAUGUUUGAGUAGCUGAAGAACGCUAAUUGCUGUUUCAUUAUCAUAAGUGGAAGGAAGUUCUUUCUGCACGAUGAUGACUUUUUUUUAAUAGAAAUCUGUGAUGCCAGAAGUAUGGUUGCAGCUUAAAAAUACAUAGCCUGGUUUUAUUCUUCCUAAUUUUCUGCUUUUGUGCAGUUCCCUGCACAUCCAGGUAACCAGUCACAAGGGAAAACCUAAAAACCUCAUUUAUGGUGAAAGCAGAGAACUAAAGAGUUCUUGUACUGUCUCCUAAGCCACAGCUGUGCUUUCACACCAGGAGUAACUAUGGCUAAGCUACUCCUUAUAGCAAGGUUAUAAGGUAAGGUUUUGUAAGGUUAUACAGUAGCCUUAACACAAGACUUCAAGAAUGACUUUGGAGGACAAGUUAUACAUGUUGGUGACAUUAAUACAAACUGUGCCUUCCUUGGUCAUUCAAAGGACGUUGUGGUGUCAUCAAAUGUAUUUGAAACAACAGUCUGAGUCUGGGUCAUGGAGCAAUGGAAGAUUCAUAAUAUCCUUUAUGUCUGUGUGUGAUUUGGGCUAUGAAAAUGAAAUCACAUGCAGUCCACUGUUGACACUUUCCAAGAGUUUUCUCCCAGCUGGAGCCAAAUACGUAGCCCAGUGCAGUUUGGUAAACAUCCUUCAAAUCUGUAAGUCAUUCUCCUCUCCAGUGUCUUUUGACAUCUCCAUGUCUUUUGAAAAUGUCUUUGACAUCUUUCUCCUCUCCAAUGUCUUUUGUCUUCCUUCGAAGAGGAAGAAUAAUCCUCUUGUCAGCUGGAAAUGUCAGCUUUAAAUGCCUGACUCCAUUGUGCUGGGGGGAGCACAUGGAAAGCAAAGAAUUCCCCUCUCACAAGGAAGGGUGUUGGCAUUGUGACUGAUGUGCAUCAGACGUGCAUCAUUUUCCAUCCCAUAUGAAAAUGUGAGAUGGGUAAAAAUUUCAAUAAAAAUAAAAAGCUUUGUGGAUAUAGAAGCUUCUUUGUUUAAAAAGUGGUUAGGAAACUCAGAAGGUUCUAAUAUUUGGAUUUCUUGGAGACUGUUCUUACCUUGUUCCCCUGUUUGAACCACACUGAGAUGGCACUUAGGGACAUGGUUUAGUGGUAGACUUGGCAGUUUUAGGCUUAUGGUUGGACUUGAUCUUUCAGCCUCAAUGAUUCUGUGAUUCUAUGCUGGAUAAAUAAGUGUUUUCAGUGCUGCUAGGUUAAAGGUGCUAGUACACCAGGAAUCACACACACCCCUUUUUCAUGGGACACAUUGACUCUGAGACUUACUCAUUAGCACAUUUCUCAUGGCUCAGCUUUAUGUUGAGAUCAGUGGUGUGCUUUAAGGAUAGCUCUCAUUUGCUCAAUCAAAUGUUUCCUCAUCAGCAUCAGGGGUUUUUUUAUUCUUUGCUCAAAACAGAAGGUUGACAUCCAGCCAUCCAUGUGUAUCAGCAAGCUCAUUUGGGUUGCAUGAUGUCAGACCAAGAGAUUCUGCUCUUGGUGUCAAAGCUGCAAGGCCUGAAGCUGGUCUGUCAUAAAAAUGUAUGUCUUAGUUUUGUGCUUUGCUCCAGUUUGUGUUGUUUAGAAACAAUACAUGUUUUUCUAACUUGAUUUUAUAUGUACACUCUGGGAAAGAAAACACCAGGGUACUAGAAACCUAAAGAAAGCCUUAGUUUUCAGAGUUCACCGAUUAUAUUAGAAUGUUUUAACCAUGUACCACUUACUCCAGAGCAACAAUAAAGACCUGAAGCACCUGUUACAUUUU